GGAAGCACGUGAAUCGAAGCGUCCGGCUCACGUCUUUGUUGGCCUUUUUUGUGCUCCGAAAGUGGAUUUUCCUGCAAUCGGCAUUUAUGAAAUCUCCGUCAUGCAUUAAAGACGACUAAUCCCGCUUACUGAGGCCGGUCGGUCGGCCGGCACGCAGCGGUCCCAGUCCGGCAGAGACGCUCGAACGCAUCGUGGCGGAGCGGCGCCAGGAGGAUGAAGCUGAGGCACACCUGAACACGCGGCGACACGGAAGGCAUGACGACGGACGGCAGAGGAAGGCGAGGAACCGACGGCUCCUUCAAGCGCUCGUCCGUCAAACGCAGCGCCUCGUCUGGAUCGCAGAGGCUGCAGAGAGCUUGGAUCGAGAAAACCUUCCAGAAGAGAGAAUGUGUGCGCAUCAUUACAGGAAAAGACGCCAGCAGGUGCAGCUGCGGCCAGCUGGUGGCCCAGCACUCGGCGGUCGCGGCGCUCGGCGGGCAGGAGGAGGAGGGGCCGGCCGAGGAGGGGCGGGGGCGGGGAGACGGCCCGCCGCUCAGACCCCCGGAGCGCUGGACCCCCCUCAAACACACCCGGGCCACGCCCACGGACGCGUACGGCGUCAUUGAGUUCCAGGAGGGAGGACACGUCAACAAGGCCACGUACAUCCGCGUGUCUUUCGACUCGAAGCCAGACGCCCUGCUCCAGCUGAUGGUGAAGGAGUGGUCGCUGGAGCUCCCCACGCUGCUCAUCUCGGUCCAUGGCGGCCUGCAGAACUUCGAGCUGCCCCCCAAACUGCGGCAGGUGUUCGGCCGAGGCCUCAUCAAAGCCGCCGUCACCACCGGGGCGUGGAUCUUCACGGGCGGCGUCAGCACCGGUGCGAUCCGCCACGUGGGCGACGCCCUCAAGGAGCACUCGUCCAAGUCUCGCGGCAAAGUGUGCGCCGUGGGCAUCGCGCCGUGGGGCAUCGUCGAGAACAAGGACGACCUCCUCGGCAGAGACGUGGCGCGCCCGUACCAGUCGAUGGGCAACCCGCUGAGCAAGCUGGCGGCGGUCAACGGCAGCCACUCGCAUUUCAUCCUGGCCGACAACGGCACCAGCGGCAAGUACGGCGCCGAGGUCCGACUGCGGAGGCAGCUGGAGAAGCACGUGGCGCUGCAGAAGAUCAACACGCGUCUGGGUCAAGGCGUGCCCGUGGUGUGUCUGAUCCUGGAGGGGGGCCCCAACGUGGUCUCCGUCGUCCUGGAGAGCUUGAGGGAUGACCCCCCCGUUCCCGUGGUGCUGUGCGACGGAAGCGGGCGAGCCUCCGACAUCAUCUCCUUCGCACACCGAUAUUGCCAUGACGACGGGUCUGUGAGCGAGGGCGUGAAGGAGCAGCUCCUGGUGACCAUUCAGAAGACGUUCAACUACGCCCGCAGCCAAGCGCAGCAGCUCUUCCUCAUGGUCAUGGAGUGCAUGAAGAAGAAAGCUCUGAUCACGGUCUUCCGGAUGGGCAGCGAAGGCCAGCAGGACAUCGAGAUGUCAAUCCUCACAGCGCUGCUCAAAGGCACCAACGCGUCGGCGUGCGACCAGUUGAGUUUGGCUCUGGCGUGGAAUCGCGUGGACAUCGCUCGCAGUCAGAUCUUCGUGCACGGACACCACUGGCCCCCAGUAACCCUGAGCGAGCGACCCAAAAGUCCGGCGGCGGCCGAGCGGGCGGCGGCAUCGACGGCCAAAGGAAAAGCUCGAGCGAAGAAAGGAAAAGCGGGAAAAAUCAAAGUCGAACCGCCGGAGGAGACUGACCCCAGGAAGCUGGAGCUGCUCAGCUGGGUGAACUCUCUGGAGCAGGCCAUGAUGGACGCGUUGGUGUUGGACCGCGUUGACUUUGUGAAACUUCUGAUCGAGAACGGGGUCAACAUUCAUCACUUCCUCACCAUUCCUCGUCUGGAGGAACUCUAUAACACGAAGCUGGGACCCGCCAACACGCUGCACUUUGUGGUCCGAGAUGUCAAGAAGGGGAACCUCCCUCCAGACUACCAGAUCACCUUGAUUGACAUUGGAUUGGUUCUGGAGUUCCUGAUGGGCGGAGCUUAUCGCUGCAAUUACACCAGGAAGACCUUCAGGACGCUCUACAACAACUUGUACGGCCUGAAGAGGCCCAAAGCCUUGAAGCUCCUCGGCAUGGAGGACGACGAGCCGUCCAAGGGAAAGGGCAAGAAGAAGGAGGAGGAGGUGGACAUCAACGUUGACGACCCCGAGGUGAGCCGUUUCCAGUACCCCUUCCACGAGCUGAUGGUGUGGGCCGUGCUCAUGAAGCGCCAGAAGAUGGCGCUCUUCCUGUGGCAGCGCGGGGAGGAGGCCAUGGCCAAAGCGCUGGUGGCCUGCAAGCUCUACAAGGCCAUGGCCCACGAGUCGUCCCAGAGCGAGCUGGUGGAUGACAUCUACCAGGACUUGGAGAAGAACUCCAAGGAGUUCGGGCAGCUGGCCUACGAGCUUCUGGACCAGUCGUACAAACGCGACGAGCAGGUCGCCAUGAAGCUUCUGACCUACGAGCUGAAGAACUGGAGCAACUCCACUUGCCUCAAGCUGGCCGUGGCCGCCAAACAUCGAGACUUCAUCGCGCACACGUGCAGCCAGAUGCUGCUCACCGACAUGUGGAUGGGAUGUCUGCGCAUGGGCAAGAGCAACGGCCUCAAGGUGAUUUUGGGAAUCGUCUUCCCCCCCGCCAUCCUCCUGCUCGACUUCCGCAUCGGCGACGAGACGUCCUUCCACUCGUCCGAGGAGAACGACGGCGGCAGGAGCAAAGACGACGACGACAAGUCCAGCAAAGACGCGGACGGCGUAUCCAAGAAAGGAGACGAGGAGGACCACCAAAAGAAGAGGAUUCCCAUCGGAAGGAAGAUUUACGAGUUCUACAGCGCCCCCUUCACCAAGUUCUGGUUCAAUACGAUCUCGUACCUGGUGUACCUGAUGUUGUACAACUACAUCAUCCUGGUCAAGAUGGAGCGCUGGCCCUCGCUCCAGGAGUGGAUCGUCAUUUCCUACAUCCUCACACUGGGCCUGGAGAAGGUCCGACAGAUCCUGAUGUCGGAGCCGGGCAAGCUGAAGCAGAAGAUCAACGUGUGGCUGGAGGACUACUGGAACAUCACGGACCUGGCGGCCAUCUGCGUCUUUGUGCUGGGCCUGCUGCUGCGGCUGCACGACGAGCCCUUCAUGGGCUACGGCCGCGUGGUCUACUGCGUGGACAUCAUCUUCUGGUACAUCCGCGUCCUCGACAUCUUCGGCGUCAACAAGUACCUGGGACCCUACGUCAUGAUGAUCGGAAAGAUGAUGGUCGACAUGUUGUACUUCGUGGUGAUCAUGUUGGUGGUCCUGAUGAGCUUCGGCGUGGCCCGCCAGGCCAUCCUGCACCCGGACGAGGAGCCCACCUGGCGCCUGGCUCGCAACAUCUUCUACAUGCCCUACUGGAUGAUCUACGGCGAGGUGUUUGCCGACUCCAUAGACCUUUACGCCAUGGAGAUCAAUCCUCCUUGUGGGGACAACCUGUACGACGAGGACGGCAAGAAGCUCCCUCCGUGUAUUCCGGGGGCCUGGCUGACUCCGGCUAUCAUGGCUUGCUACCUGCUGGUGGCCAACAUCCUGCUGGUCAACCUGCUCAUCGCCGUCUUCAACAACACGUUCUUCGAGGUGAAGUCCAUCUCCAACCAGGUGUGGAAGUUCCAGCGCUACCAGCUGAUCAUGACGUUCCACGACCGUCCCGUUCUGCCUCCUCCCCUCAUCGUCUUCCCUCACGUCUUCAUCGUUCUCAAGCGUCUCUGCUGCCGGUGCCGACCGCGCCGCGACGGCGACGCCCAGAGACGCCUCCAGCUUCUGCUGGGCGCGGACGAGCUGAAGAGUCUUCACGAGUUUGAGGAACAAUGCGUGGACGAGUAUUUCCGAGAAAAGGACGACGAGAAGCAAUCGUCCAACAACGAGAGGAUCCGGAUCACCUCGGAGAGGGUUGAGAACAUGUCCAUGCGUCUGGAGGAGGUCAACGAGCGCGAGCACUCCAUGAAGGCGUCCCUGCAGACGGUGGACCUGCGCCUGGCGCAGCUGGAGGAGUUCUCGGCCCGCAUGAUGAGCGCUCUGGAGAAGCUGGCGGGCGUGGAGCGGCUCGAGCCCGACCGCACCGGAGGAACCGCUUUGGCGCGCGACGCCGACGGCGUCUCCCUACGGCGCCACGGAAGCGUCGGCAGCGCAGAUGGUGGCAGCCUCUACCGCUACUGGCCGGACCGCGACGGCGACUCCUGGGUGGCCGCGAGUCCGGAGAGACGAGCGGCACGCGCCGACGCCGGGACCGUCCAAACGGCGUCGGGCUGCACUCUGGACGUCAUUCGGAACCGAGACAGGAGCCAAUCGCUGUUCGGCGUGGACAUCCUGAUUUCGCCGUGCGACAGCGAGCGCGCCCCGCCGGCGCCAGACAACGCCUCCCCCUCCCGAGUUGAGCCCAGUAACCAUGGCGACGGCGAGGACGCGGACGACGAGGAUGACAGGAAGUUCCCUGCGCUGCGAUCCAAGAGUCUCAACAUCAACACCAGCAAGAAAACCAGCACGCACGCCUCGGAUGCGCCGCGCGGUCCGCUUACGCCGCCGCCGCUGCGCGCCAAAGUUAACCUUGCCGACCUCGCCGAAGUGGACGCGCACCAGAGCCUGGAUUAGGGCUUUCAACAAGGGGCGGGGUUUCAAAAUCGUUUACGGCUUUAAAGAAGUGUACGGCUUUUGCAGUAAGGUUUCAAGCCAGAGUAAGUUAGCUUUCAAGUCACGGUUAAGGUUCCAAAUCCGGGUACUGAAUUGGCGUUUGAAGUCCGGGUUAAGGUUUGUUUUCACCGUAAUGUGAACAGCGUACAGAACGUAUAACAUUUAUUACACGUGCAAUAAAUGUAAUCAGGAUCGAAGGUUAUUGCAAUGUAAAAUUAUAAAUUGGCCCGGUUGAGUUGAGAAAAAUCCAAAUUCAGAGUAUAGAAUAUUGAAAUCAAAUCGCUACGGGUGAUCUUAAAUGACCAAAUCAAGUGGAAACCACAACAUAUCAAAGCAGAAGCGUUGCAGUAUUAGCUCAAGCAAACCGAGUCCUCGUUCUUGGCAUACAGCUUGGAUAUACAGAAAGGACAUUUGCGGGCGAAUGAUAUCUAGACGAGGGAGGACGAUCGCAACCGAAGGGAUCGAACGACCUGACGGCUCCGAAUAUCUCGGUUAGCGACAUCAGGCAAAUGGCAACCGUGAGGAGGCAGCUCGAAGGACAGCCACAGUCAAACGCCCAAAAAGGCUGAAGCAGAUCCUGAAUAGUCAGCUGAAUGGCGAGAAUAAGAUCCAGGCCAUUAACACUAAUCCCAGACCCCGCUAUAGCAUAAUAGCCUGGCCACGGGGAGUCGCGCAAGCUCCUUACGACCCACGGAGCGUUCCGCCGCAAGUACGGCAUCUCGAAGCUCUACACAAAGACUGGCCGGCGUCACGGGCACUAUCCAGGAGGAAACGGCAAGACUCCAAGAAUACAUCCCGAAGAUGGCCGCCAAGGACCAACUACUAAAUGAACAUGAAUAGAGAUCAUUGUGGAAUAGGUUGAAGGGGGAGCGCAAGGAAUGUUCAGACAUCAACGAAUUCAAAAACGCUCUGAUCGGAAAAUCUUUUUCAUUUCAUUGUUGCCGCGUGUUCAUUAUUGGUUCUAGAUGUAUUUCAAACACGUAAAAGGGAAUUGUUGUGCCGUCUUCUUUUCUACCAUUGUCUUGAUUGCUCAUUAUUCUUUUUGCCUUGUUUCACCACACAUUGAUGGAGAUGGCGUAGCUGCUGUAAAUCGACUGCGCAACAGAAGCCUGCGGGUGUGAUUUAACGGCUGCAAAAUGCAAACGGGACAGAACCUGGAGCCUCAACAGUUCCGGCUGCAAACUGGACAACAUUCGAUCGCAUCCAUUGGCAUCUGCAGGCUCCUGUUGCAUGAUUGAUUUCGGUCUUCUUUUAGAUGCCCGUAUAUAUGUUGUAAAACAUUUGCAUGUUUCACCAUGUUGAAAAAAAAUAAAUCACUACUGAAAUGUACAGGUAUAUUUUAAAGUUGUUUAUUUUAUGUUAUUAUUCAAUUUGAUGAAUUAAUACACUCAAAAAGGUUCGUUGUAAUAAAAU